CCUUAAAUUUCUGCAUGCGAGAGGGUAACAUUAUUUUCAUGUAAAAUUGAUGAUCAAAAUGAUCUUGAUGUGUAUUGGUUUGUGUGGUUCAGGAGUUUAGAAAUGCCUCCUAGAAGGUCAGUUAGAGUGGGUCGAGGUCGAGGUCGAGGUCGAGGCCAAGGCCAAAGCCGAGAUGAUGGAGGGAUCAAUGAACCACCUCAAGCACCACAGGGAUGGGAAGAGCGCAUUGCCGCACUGGAAGGAAUCAUUCAUAGGCAGGAUGAAGAACUUCGUCAGCUGAGACGUCAACCGGAGCCGCCAGUCCAAAUAAGGCAAGAUGCAGAAAAUAGAGACUCACCAGCUGCAGUGGUAUAUCCUGCUACAGAGGCUAGACAUGAGUUGUUAGCAGAGAGAUUUCGAAAACAACACCCACCUGAGUUUGAGGGAGGCAUAGACCCGGUAGUGGCUGAGGAGUGGAUAAGUCGCAUAGAAAGCAUUUUGCAGAUGCUAAGGGUGGAUGGGAAUGACCGAGUGAAGUGUGCAUCUUACAUGCUGAGGAAAGAUGCUCGUAUCUGGUGGGAGGUGGUGGAACAAACAAAGGAUGUAGAUACCAUGAACUGGGACGAUUUCAAAAGGGUCUUUAAUGAGAAGUAUUAUAACUCAGCAGUUCUAGCAGCAAAGGUCGAUGAAUUUACUGGGUUAGUCCAAGGGAGUCUUACUGUGACUGAGUAUGCACAAAAAUUUGAUAGAUUGGCGAAAUUUGCUCCAGAUCUGGUGCCUACUGAUAGAGUGCGAGCACAUCGAUUUGUGGAAGGCCUGAAACCAAUGGUUGCUCGAGAUGUGGAAAUUGUGUCAAGGGGUCAAUUCAGUUAUGCUCAAGUUGUCGAAAUGGCUCUUACGGCUGAGCGGAGUGAAAACAAAAUUUGGAAGGAAAAUGCUGCCAGGAGAGAAUCGAAGAAAGGUGGAGCCAAUUCUAAUGACCACAAGAAACGAGGACAGGACCAGUCCGGGCAGCCAAGUCAAGACAAGAGGUACAAAAGUGAUAACGACCAAUGA